GUGAUGUGAUGUACCAUAAAGUGUAUAGUGAUGGAUGUAAAAUUUCCGCCAUCUGUAGCACAACAUGUACGGUUGAACGACACGUUGUAGAUUGUAAUGUUACUACUCCUAUAACCACUACUUCCCCUGUGUCAACUACGGUCACACCACCAUUUUCCCUCACUACCACUCCUCCAUAUGUUCCUCCUCCUGGUUGUGUUUCUCCUAACUACCCUCCCCUACAGCCUGGACAAAAAUUCAAAUUAUCCAACUGUACAGAAGUCAUCUGUAAGGGAAACCACAAGACAGACAUACAAUCAAUUCACUGCCCACCUGUAAAGGAAAUCACCUGUGCGAACAAAUAUCCACCAAUACUGGUACCUGAUAAAGAUGGCUGCUGUUAUCACUAUGAGUGUCAAUGUGUGUGCAGUGGAUGGGGUGAUCCUCAUUACAUCACUUUCGAUGGAACCUACUAUACUUUCCUUGAAAACUGCACUUACGUCCUGGUGAAACAGAUUGUACCUAAAUACGACAACUUCCGUGUUUACGUUGACAAUUAUUACUGCGAUUCAGUAGAUGGACUUUCCUGCCCUAAAUCCAUUAUUAUUUUCUACAAAUCUGCAAAAGUGGUGCUGACUCGUGAACUCCUGAAUGGUGUGAUGACCAAUGUGAUGUACUUCAACAACGAGAUUGUCCAUCCAGGAUUCAAAAAAGAUGGCAUAUCUUUCUCCAUGCUUGGCAUCAACAUGAUUGUGGAAAUACCAGAGAUUGGUGCAACCAUCACCUUCAGUGGGCUGAUUUUCUCCGUGAAACUGCCAUUCGACAAAUUUGGCAACAACACCGAAGGACAGUGUGGAACAUGUACAAACAACAAAGCAGACGAAUGCCGCUUACCAAGUGGUAAGAUCAUUUCUUCCUGUCCCGAAAUGGCUCAUCACUGGAUCGUUGAUAACAACCAGACAUGCCAUGGAGUACCACUACCACAUCCUGUAACCACACCUCCACCAAGGCCUCACUGUGAAACACCUCCACUCUGCAAGCUUAUCUUGAGCAAGACUUUUGCAGACUGCCAUGGCGUGAUACCACCGGAACCAUUUUUCCAAGGCUGUGUUUUUGAUGGGUGCCGCAUAGCCAAUAAAAGCAUGCAGUGUAGCAGUCUGGAGAUAUACGCUACCGAGUGUGCUGCUAGAGGUGUCUGCAUUGACUGGAGAAGAAUGACCAAUGAUACAUGCUCAUACCACUGUCCAGCAAGCACGGUAUACAAGCCAUGUGGGCCCAUUAAUCCUGCUACCUGUGACAAAAGUGCGGUCGAGAUCCCUGGCUAUGGAGUAACCGAAGGAUGCUUCUGUCCUGAAGGAAAGACACUCUUGAGUAUAGACAGCAAGAUCUGUGUCCGUGAAUGCAGAGAGGGCUGUGCAGUCAAUGAAACCUUGUAUCCACCUGGAGCUAUCAUUCCAUCACAGCCAUGUGAAGAAUGCAUCUGCUCCAAAUCCUCUUCAAUGUCUCACGCUACCAUCAAGUGCAAGCCUGUUACCUGUGACACGUACUGCCCAGUGGUUGGAGAAUUCUGGCACCCACCUGGUGAUAACUGUACAACUUACACAUGUGAAAAGCAUGGUAACCAGUACAUUCAAGUCGCCCUAAAGAAAAGCUGUCCUGCCAUUAACCCUGACUGCAAUCCCGAUGACAUCGUGCUCUCUGAAGAUGGCUGCUGUAAAGUGUGCAGCACAGCUUGUCUGAAGCACCGUAAUAUUACCGUCAUCGAAUAUGCUGGAUGUGUAUCACCUGCACCCGUUGAGUUGUCAUACUGCGAAGGUAGAUGCGAUGCUUACUCACGAUAUUCUCUGGAGGCAAACACAAUGGAACAUAAAUGCUCAUGCUGUCAGGAGACCAAGGUCAGCCAAAGAAAGGUGACUCUGACGUGCAGUGACGGAACCUACCUUGAUCACGCGUACACCUACGUGGAGCAAUGCAGCUGCUCGCCCGCUGAGUGCGUUCUCCGAGACCUGGAAGAAGCAUAUGAGACAGGACCAUCAGGAAUCCAACAUGAAGCAGAGCAGGAGGACGACGAUCUUUCUCGCAUUUAUGAUAGCAAUGAUAAAGAAGUGGCCCUCUUGCUAAGGGCAGGAGCCCCUGAGGACGUGGCUCGGAAGGCGGGAAACGCCUCGCGCCUGGCUUCUGCUGUGGCGGUCGGCCUGAGGGGACACACCGCGCCCUGCCUGCCCUGGAGCAACGCGCAGCCCUUCACGGCGGGGUGCCGGGUAGAUUUUACCUCAGCGCAGCCCCCCGGCGGCGGAGGGAUAGCCG